AUGGAUGCCUUGCAGAAAGAGCUAGAAGAGGCAAUGUCUUCCUUUACCUCCAUUGAGGCACAGCGGAGCGCCGACGGGCAACACCUGGCGGCCGCGGAGGAGCGCCAGAGGGAUGCACAGGAGCGCUGCUUGGACCGAAGGAAGGACGAGGGGGUUUGGGGGAAGGACGCCUGUCUGCAGCAAGCGGAGCAACAAGCCUUCGAGCUGCGUUCCGAGCUCCGAGAGGAAGGUGCAAGAGCGAAGAGUGCCACCGAAGCUGUGAAGAAAGAUCUAGCUGACAAGGUGUCCAGAGUGGCCCAGUUGGAGGGCUCCUUGAGCGAGAACCGCAACCAGCUCAAAACCAUUCAGCAGCAUGUUGAUGGUCUAAUGCAGGAUCUCAUGGAGCGAACCAUCAAAAGUUCCGACGACGAGGCAAUGCUCGGAACCUUGGCGCGGCAGUUGCAACAAGAACAGCAGGAGGAUGUGCAAGAUGAUCGGGAUGUGAAAGACGAUGACCUCGAUCAGGAGGAUGUGCAAGACGAUCCAGACGUGAAAGACGAUAACCUCGACCCAGAGACUGAAGAAGACUCCAAGCCGGUAGAGAUUCAAGAUCAAGUGGAGGACACCAUCGCCGCUGCUCAGAGCUAUGACUUCGACAAGUUGAAGAAUGACUCCAAACGACAUGUCCAUUACACCGCAGCAACUUCACCAGCUCGAGAAUCAGAAUCAAGUCCUUUGAAGUUAAUCUGGAACUUUGAGGGUACUGGUCCACCGGUGCCUGACCCGGCUGAAGCGAACAUCGUGAAGGAGCAGCAUGCGAAGACUUUGGGUCCAACAGCUGUUGUGCAAGGAAUGCAGUCCACUGCCUUGCCACAUCCUGGUUGCUUCCAACCACGACAUGCCACCGACAUUGACCAAGCAGAGAGGUGCCCAGAUGCCUGUCCACUCUUUGCCGAAGAUACGGCUUCGCCGCAGCAUUGCAACUUCAAGUGUGUGAAUACAUCCGAUUGUGGCCUGGAACACACCCACACGAACUUGGCCCAAUCAGUGCCUGAUGAAACCAGGGGAUUCUGCCGACGCUGUGUGGUCGUGGCUUGCUCCCGGUGCAACCGGGCCGCUCAUGGCGAUGUUUGCGCCGAGUGCCAGCGUGGAUUCAGGUUGGAGAAUGGCGAGUGUGUCUCUCAAAUACCUAUCUUGGGAUCACUCUUGAAGGGCUCGCUCUACUUGAUCCUUCUUGUUCCUGUUCUCUACUUUGUCGCCUGGUAUGUGAGCUUGGUGUUGCGAAAGGCAACCAAUUUGGAGGAGCAAGCCCAGGCUUUGCAAUUUCGAACUCAAACCAAGCUUUGCAAGCCAGACUCUGGCGAUGAGCGGGGCUCCGUGCUCUUCUUCCGCUAUCAGCUCUUCAUUAUGAUUUGGGCACUCGUUCUGGCCACACUUUGGGUUGCUUCCGUUUCGAUGACAGAUGGAAGUCUCUAUGCCCUUGGAACGGAAGAUCCUGAGUCGCCCCGGGAACUUUGUGCAGUUAUCCACAGAGGCUUUGAGCAACAGCGAACGAUGAUGUCCACGAAGGUGUACUUCUUGCUAGUCGCCUACAUUGCAUCACUUGUCCUGUGCAUCAGCUUCGGCAUCUUCCAGCAGAGGACCUUUCAUCGAUUGAACAAUGAUGCAACGCAAGCGGAUUUUGUCGCUUUGGUGGAUGGCUUGCCUGCCGUUCAUGGUACGGAAAACUUGGAAGAGAUCCUCAAAACGGAGCUUCAGACUGGUACCUCCCAAGAGAUUGUGGGCGUUUCGGUUGGAUGGGAUUUCGCCCCGCAUGCUGAGAAGAUCACCGAACUCCUGGAAUCUGAUGUUCGGGCACUCGACAAGCUCCCGGGCUCGCCCGAGACCGCCGACCCCGCGGCCACUUCGGCCACUUCGGCCAGGGCACCGGUGGAGGGAGCGUCGCGGCCCAGGUGGUUUCGCCCGAUGGACCGAUUAAUGUUGACGCAGGUUUUGGGGAUUGAACUGACUACACCUGCACCGGCAACGGCAGAGGCGACUUCGGGAGAAACCCUGGCAAAGAGCUUGGUGUGCUCACCAAAGGCCUUGGUGGUUUUCAAGACAGAAAGUGGCAGGGAUGCUGCCUUGGCUGCAAAGAAAGACAUCUCCUUCAGGGGAAAUACAUUGCAGAUCAAGCCUCUCACUUCGGAGCCGAUGGGGAUUUGCUGGGAGAAUUUCGCGGUGGUCCGCCAGAAGCAAAGGGAGAGGCUUUGGGCAGCCAUCAAAAUGAUCCUGUUGGCCAGCUUUGCUUGGUCACUUUUCAUCUAUUUGCCAUUUGCGCAAUAUGCCUCAUCAUUCUCCUACUCCAACGGCGACAAGCCAUCGAUAGGGAUGACCAUCUCUCUGACUCUCAUUGUGGUUCUUGGCAACCUCUUCAUGUACACGACCUGUGCAGAAGCCGCGAAACGAAUUGGUUUCAUAAAUCGUGAUGCAGAGGGCGGAGCCUACAUGGUGCUCUAUACCUUCGCGAUCUUGCUCAACAUCAUGAUGGAUGCUGCCCUCACCGGAAGCAUCGCCUAUCGCACGGCGGUGGGCCAACGAGCACGGACCUAUGGUGGAACUCUCAUUGCGGACUUGACGCGAGCUCAAGCGAUCUUUGAGAGCUUUGAACUCCAGCGUCAACUGGGUCUAGCGGUCUUUAAGUACUGCUGGCCGGCCAUGUACCUGGUGCCCUUCAUAGGAGAAGCUGUUGGUGCUAACUGGUUUACACUUCACUUGGCACGCUUGGUUGUUGCCAGCUUUCCACACAUCAAGGGAUUCAAGGCGCAGCAGGCUAUGAAGGUAUUGGUGCCAAUGGAUCCAGGGCGUUAUGCAGAUGUUCUCAUCAAUAUAACCGCAGGGGUCCUGAUCUUCUUCUUACCUGGUGGCUACACCUUGCCCCUCCUAGUGGCGCUCAUUCUGUCGCACGUGUUUAUUAUCCUCUUCGACCACUUUCGUGUAUUGCGAUGUGUCCCGUCCUUCUGUUUUUCCAGUUCGGUCGUGGAUGACUAUGCACAAAAACUGUUGAUCCUUCCUUGCGCUUUGAUCAUGGCCGCUUUCAUCCUCAAGUCCAACUGCACUCUGACGUCCACCUUCUGCGUCCAGGAUUCUUCUUUGGGCUUAUCUAUGUUGAUGGGAGGUGCUCUGCACGUUGGCUUGCAUUGGUGGCUUCUAAGGGUGAUUGUUCCGAAAUUUGGCAAUGUGAAAGAGCAUGUGCCCACCAAGUUUACCUAUGAACAGGUUGCCUCACUUGCUGCACCAUCUUGGUUUAACCUGAACCCAGCGUACUGCCUGCGGUCAAAGUACUUCUACAAGCACGAGACACCCUGCUACUACCUGGUCCAGGGACGAGAGCAUGUCCUUCGGAAGAACGAUAAAGCAAUGUCCUUCUUUGAAGAUCAGCGGAGGGUGGUCAAGGAAACUUAUGGCCGCUUCCAGCUCGGAUGA